UAACUGGUCCUGUCCAGCCCACAGUGGCUCGGAUGAGGAAGUAGCUACACUGAUACGUGCGCUGAAUAGGGGAUUUAAAAACAGGUAGGGGAGAACAGGAGACCACCAGUGUUACUUUGCUGUGCUACACGGAAGGUGCCAGAGUCCCGCAGCCAUGAAGCUUCGACUUCACUUUGUGGUGGACCCCAUGGGUUGGCUGUGCAUCAGUAUGGUGUUUGGGAUUUGGCUCUACAACUCAUUCUUCAUUCCUAAGCUGGUUCUCCUUCCUCACUACAAUGAAGGACACAUUCCCUGGGCCAUGGUUGUUUGUUAUUACAUAGCAUCAGCACUCUGCUUAAUGGCCCUGUUCAGAGCUUCCACAGCAGAUCCUGGUCGUCUUCCCGUGGACCCCCACAUACCUCACUCAGAGCGGGAGCACUGGGAGCUGUGCAAUAAGUGCAACUUAAUGAGACCUAAAAGAUCCCACCACUGCAGUCGUUGUGGUCACUGUGUACGCAGGAUGGACCAUCACUGUCCCUGGAUCAAUAACUGUGUGGGUGAAGACAACCACUGGCUCUUCCUGCAGCUCUGUUUGUACACUCAGGUACUAAGUCUGUUCACACUGGUGUUGGACUUCUGCCAGUACUAUUACUUCCAGCCACUGACAGGACUAGACCAGGAGAAGUUUACAACACGCCAUGAACUGGCUCUGCUGCGAGUCUCAGCGCUAAUGGGUGUUGUCAUGUUUGGUGGCAUGUCAAGCCUGUUUUACACCCAGAUGACAGGCAUUCUCUCUGACACUACCACCAUUGAGAAAAUGGCUAAUUUCUCAAAUGAAAUAUAUGGCUCAAAGAAAUCCUGGCAGUGGGCGUUAGCUGAAGUCUGUGGCACCCGCUGGAAACUGUUAUGGCUCCUCCCACUCCGAAGCAGGCAGCCGCUCAAGUCCGGCCACCACUUCCGUAGCCAUGUGUAGUUUGGCAGCACUGCAUUACCUCCUGCCUACACAGACACUCCUACAGGCUGCCGUCAUCAUACACUUUUAUGCACACUUUUAAGAAUCCAUCUGCUCUCCUUCACUCUCCUUUUUUUGUGGAUACCGGAAGAUUUUAUUUUUUAUGUUUGUGUGUGUUUUUUUUGUUUUUUUGCCUUUCUCUACAAGACCCAGACUGGCAGUUAACAGGGUCAAGAAACACCAUUGGAAGUAAUGGGAAAGUUUUGUUUUUUAUUUUGUUUUUUUAACUCGCUGCUGACUUUGGCUGCUACUUUUAGCAUCGGAAACAACUUUAAUAGCUAACUGCAUCAGGAGGAUGGAAGUCUUAUCUGGAAGCAGCUGGCCAAAGGGACCCUUUCUCAGGUUAUUGUAACAAAAAAGGAGCCUUUACUACUGACCUUUGAUCAACCACAGACAGAACUAGGGUUAGAGUGUCUGUCAGAAAGGCAAUUUUCUUUUGUAUGAAGUUUGUGCCUUGUUUUUUUUGUUAUUUUAGCGAUAUCUAGUUUUUCCUUUAUGUCUGUUGGUUUGUGAUCGUCCAGCUUUGAAAUGUCCUGUGAUUGGUGAAGGGAGCUGGCAUCCCCUAAUUGGGAAUAAUUUGAGUGUUUUACUUGCAUUUUUUUUCUUUGAACAAUUGUAUCUAUGAAAUUCUAUGGAGCAUGGCCACAGAACAAAGUGAUUUGAUGACACAAGACCAGCCAAAAAGAAAGAUGUGGAAUAUGGUGAAGGAAUAAAGUCCUUCAGCAUGUCAUGGUAAAAAAUAUCCAAAUUUAAGUUGAUACUCUAUAAUUAACAUUAUUUUGGUAAACAAAUGAUGUGGCUGUAUGUUUCACAGUUAUGCUCCAUUCUGUCAAAUGUUUUCAGAAAAAGUGAAUUCCACUGUUUAAUCCCUCUUAAAGGACUUAUUCAUUUUAAAAUGUCAUUUUGGGAAAUAUAGUUUUUUCUAUUCAGAGUUAGACAAGACGAUUGUCUUCACUCCAUGUCUGUAUCUCAAAUGUGAAGCUACAGCCAGCAGCUGAUUAGCUUAGCUUUCAUAUAGACACAAACAGACCUUGAAGUUUUUCCACCAGUUAAAAUGAGACCCAGUGCAUUAGGAGUUCACUGGAUGUGGCUGGGGUUAAUUUUGCCGUGUCCAAUUUACAUGGUAGUGUCUACCUAAUCUUCCUGGUCUUCUACAGCUAAUCUAAGAUAAACUAAUCACAUGCUGGUUAUAACUUCAUUACAUUAAAUCCAACGUAUCAACCGUAGCACUUACAAAACAUAGGAACAAAUGUCUUUUGUACACGUGUGUCAUGUCAUGCUGCUGACCAAACUAUUGUAUGUGAUUCACACUUCCCAUUUUUAGCACUGCAGCUAAAUUAGCUUGCUUGUAUCAUUAAGCUAAUUAACACUUGACGCAGCACUGAACAUUCACGAUUCAUGGUGUCUUUUUGCUGUAACUCUGUGGUACUUAUAUAUUUAUGUCUCUACGAGGAUUAAGUACACAAUAAUACUCGCAUAGUGUGUUUGUCAUUGUCUAUAAAUACUUGGCGAUAGCUUGACCUGUACGUAAACAAAGCAUUUCCAUGCGUUGGAAACCUCAUUUCGGUGUAGUUACAAGUGCCUGUGUAGGUCGACUGUUUCACGCUCACGCGUCAGCACGUGACCCCAUCAUCAUCAUCAAUAUUGUGUUGGUCUCCGUACAAGCCAAAGAUAAGGAGAAAUGUUGCAAUAGCUAGAUAGCAUUCAACAGAUGUUUCACUGAUAUGACCUUGAACUGGGAAGAAAAGUCCUCACUUGAAGUUAUUUGUGUCAGAUGUGUAUGCUUUGUUUUUAUCUAUACUUUUAUUCAAAUGCAGGGCUGCAACGAUUAUUCGAUCACUAAAUCAAUCAUAAACACAUUUUUAACUGAUUGUUUUUUCUCUGAU